UGGUCAACAGGUGAAACGACUUCUGACACGCCCACAAAGUCUGUCCAGGACGGGGCUAUAACUGGCGGCCACUACAGUCAUCAGGGGUUAUAUCGUUUGGUUCGACUUGGAUUGCUACAUAGCGUUAGAUGUUUUGUCGUAAAUAUCUCAGCUUCGUUUGCCUUACUGAAUUUGGACAGGUGUAAAAGGUUAACUAAAAUAACAUUUUAUAAUGGCUCUCGCUGAUGCGACGCUGCCGUCGAUUACUACGUUUUCAAGCAGUAAGACGAUGGAGGAAAGACAGUCUGCAAUUGUCCAUGACUGGAAAGUGGAUGGUUGCAAUACCAGCACAACAGGCGAUGACUUGAGAUCCCAGAUUGAAGUGGAGCUCAGUAUCGUUGAAUCCCCUGCAGUGACCAGGGAUGAAGAUGACCUGGGGAAAUUCUUGGAUUUAGAGUUCAUUUUAUCCAACACCAUUGGAUCUGAAAGUGGAACCAAUAACUCAUCUCAACAGUCGUGCUCAUACUCACUGCCUGAGUCGCCGGAAAGCUGCAGCACAGGGCAUGACAGUGACGGUUCUCAGCUCACACCCAAUGCUUACGGCAGCUAUAACUUCAACACAAGUCCUGGGCACAGUCUGGUAGCUGAGCUGCUAACCCCAGAGAUGAAUUAUCAGAGCGACACACUGUUAGACUACAGGCUGAAGCAGCCUGCCACGGACAGGCGGGAGUACACUGAACUGCGGGCCUUGAAUAUAGCUACUGCCACUCCAGUCCACUUACAAGUGACCGACUCUCAUCCUAUGGGAUACAAAAUAAAGACGGAAAACACUGAGCGGUCGUGCAUGAUGGCAGGUGACUUCAUAGGACACAUGUAUGAUGAGAAACACAUGCGUUCCCUGCACACAGAGUUCGCGCACCAUCAACUUGCUGUUCAGGGGUUUGCACCUCAUGGCAUGCAACAGAGUGUGUCCCGAGAUGGGAUGGGGCGCAAAGACUGUCACUUGACAGAGAUUAACUCUCAUCAGCAUACUAACAUGGCACACCUGCAACAGUAUGAGCCAUAUCCAACGCAGUACACGCAUCACCAAGGUGCGCUACAGUAUCAUGGACAGUACAGGAUGUUCAGGGAGCCCAUGCAGGUGCACCACCCGUCCAUGCCGGGGGUGAUGUUGACCCCACCAUCAUCGCCACUUUUGGAGUUCUACGCGCCAGAAGAUAGCAAACCCAAACGUGGCCGCCGGUCUUGGGCGAGAAAGCGCACAGCCACUCACAGCUGUGAAUUCCCUGGAUGUGGGAAGACCUACACCAAGAGUUCCCAUCUAAAGGCUCACAUGCGAACACACACAGGUGAGAAACCGUACCAUUGCAAUUGGGAAGGCUGUGGUUGGAAAUUUGCGAGGUCUGACGAGCUGACUCGUCACUAUAGAAAGCACACCGGUCAGAGGCCUUUCCAGUGCCACUUGUGUGAGAGGGCCUUCUCGCGCUCAGAUCACCUCGCACUGCACAUGAAGAGGCACAUGUAAACAGAGACAGUUGGAUCUGACUUUGAACGUUCUAUUUUUGUAUCAUGGCGAUAGACUGGACAUGUAAAUGCUUGUACAUACUAUCAUUCUCUUCUAAAUGAUGGGAGUACAAUAUUUAAGGAAAAGGAGAGCCUUUCUUGCUUACUGUUGCAUUUAAAUUAUUGAGUGUUGGUGUCUGCUGAUGGUUGCUAUUUUGGCUUUUGAAAUAAAACACGGAACAACGGCUGGCUGUAGCCUACCCAAUAUUUUUUGUACAUAUGCCUACAUGUAAAAGGACAUUUGUUUUCUAUCACUUAGGCCUACUGCAUAACUUUGAUACUUUGUUGCUGUUUACAAGAAUCACCAGACUUUCCAUGGUUUUCUAUAGUUUUUACAAUAAAAUGUGUAUUUCAAAACACGUUUUUUUCUAUUUUAAUUGUUUGAAUGCUUAGGCUUAUUAUGCUUCUCAAAGUGCUCUUAAUUAAAUCAGGUACUUAACACUGCCUUUCAAUGUUUCAUACAUUUUGUAUACAAAAUGAUGCUAAAGUUGUAAGGAAAUAUUCUCCCAAAACUGUACUAGAAAUACUUGAAGCUCUGGGAAAAUAUUAUCCACUCUAAGUGCAAUAUAGUUUUGUAAAAUCACAAAGACAAAGUGUUACAAGAGCUCUGUG